ACACACACACACACACACACACACACACACACUUACUCGUGUAUACACGGUAAAGGGAAUAAAACCACACCAGAUAUUUAAUCAUAGAUAACUUCAGUCGUCGUUUGUCACAACCUGUACAGAUAACGGCCUUGCACAAGAGCAUCUUUGCUUUAGUGAAGGAAAGGACACAGAUAGAGGACACCGUUCGACAUCCUGUAAAAAAGGAGCUUUUUUUUUUUUACAUUUCGGGUUAUAUUUUCUCAUUCUACAGCCUCUUUAGUGCGUUUCGUUUCGUUUUUUUUUUUUAUCUCCGUGCAAUAAAAAAAUCCUUAUAAUUUUGUUUUAUUUUAGUAAUUUAUAAAGAGAUCCGGAAAAUCCGGUAGCCUACGUCACCGACGUAACCUCUCGCGUUACGUAACACCGAGGAGCGCAACCGUGCGCCAAAUCCCUCAUGUCAAGACGCACACCUAUGAAGCACUGUGUUCAUUACAGGAUCUGAAGAAGAACCGCAUAUCUAGUCUUGUAACAUCUAUUUGUAGACAUUUAUAUAGGCUGGUUGGUUUGCGUGUAGGUUUUUUUGUCGGACAACAGCCUAUGUUCUUGCUCCGCCGGUUCAUUCCUUAGUGCGAAACGGAUUGGUGAAGAAGAAAAAAACAUGUCGGGCCAAACGCUGACGGACCGCAUCGCCGCCGCGCAGUACCAGCUCACCGGCUCGGACGUGGCUCGGGCUGUGUGUAAAGCUACCACACACGAGGUGAUGGCGCCUAAGAAGAAACACCUGGAAUAUCUGAUCGCCGCCACCAACGAGACCAACGUGAACAUCCCACAGAUGGCUGACACUUUGUUCGAGAGGGCCAUGAAUGCCAGCUGGGUGGUCGUCUUCAAAGCGCUCGUCACCACACACCACAUGUGUAUCCACGGCAAUGAGAGGUUUAUCCAGUACUUGGCCUCCAGGAACUCGCUGUUCAACCUCAGCAAUUUUAUUGACAAAACCGGGACUCAUGGCUACGACAUGUCCACAUUUAUCAGACGAUAUGCACGCUACCUCAAUGAGAAAGCGUAUGCUUACCGUGCAAUGGCCUUCGAUUUCACUCGAGUCAAGAAAGGUGCUGAUGGAGUAAUGAGGACUAUGGCUCCUGAGAAACUGCUAAAGGCUAUGCCGGCUCUGCAGACCCAAGUGGACACACUACUGGAGUUUGAUGUUCAUCCAAAAGACUUGAACAAUGGCAUCAUCAACGGAGCUUUCAUGCUUCUCUUCAAGGACCUGAUUAAACUCUUUGCCUCUUACAAUGAUGGAAUCAUCAAUUUAUUAGAGAAAUAUUUCAAAAUGAAGAAAUCUGACUGCAAAGAGUCGCUUGAGAUCUACAAGAAGUUUCUGACCCGAGUAACUAAGAUUUCAGAGUUUAUGAAAAUUGCAGAGCAAGUUGGUGUGGACAAAAAUGACAUUCCUGACAUAUCGUAUGCCCCCAGCAGUAUUCUGGAGUCUCUGGAGACACACAUGAACAGUCUAGAGGGGAAGAAAGGAGAGGGGUCUCCGACAAAGGGAUCACCCACCAACAACGUCUCUCCGACCUCCACUCCCUCCAAAUCUGGAGCCUCGGUGCCUACCCUGGAGCCGCCGCCCACCGAGGCUGCGGCAGCAUCUGCGUCUGCAUCUGCUGCGUCUGCUCCGGCUGAGCCUGCAACCGAUUCACUGCUAGACUUGGAUCCAUUGUCUUCUUCAGGGCCACCUGCUUCAUCUGCUCCAACAUCUUGGGGAGAUCUCUUGGGGUCCGAAUUCGGUUCCCUCACUACGGAGACUCUGCUCCCUGACUCCACCCCUGCCGUAGACUCUACCUCUCCUGCGACAGCUGUUUCUAGUGCCCCAACUGGCGAAGGUGCUGCCUCUGUAGCCCCUCCCUCUACCACCGCUGGCCCGACCCCGAGCUCGGCGGAUCUCCUAGGAGAUGCGUUUGGAAGCUCUGCAGCUGAACCAGCUCCUGCUGUGGAAACGGGGGGUUCAUCCACUGUGACCGCUCCUGCUGCUGAUGCUUCUGCUGCAAAUGACUUGUUUGCCCCAGCUGCGGAUUGCGCGGCUGUUUCCCCGCACCUGGACAUGUUCUCCAUGCAGCCCGUGGAGAGCAGCGCCUCUUUAUUCGGCUCGGUGUCACCCGUCCCGGUUCAGACCCCACUCACCUCCAGCAUGCUCAUCUCUCCAGCCCCUGCAGCUCCCACGAUAGAUCUGUUUAGUGGCUUUUUUGACUCCAUGCCUGAACCAGCUGCAGCCAAAUCAGAUCAGGCUCCCAGUCUAGACCUGUUUUCAUCAGAUGUGUUCAGCCCACCUCCUGCUGCUCUCUCAGCCCCUGGGAGCUGGCUGGACAGUGGCGCAGCUCUGGAUUUGGUCGGGGACUCUGCAGGUGCAGCCAAUGGCCAAGCCACAGCUCCAGCACCAGCAACAUCUGCAGGAGGAGAUCUAAUGGGAGCGUUCGGUGGCUUGGGGGAUAUGCUCAUGCCCGCCAUGGCCCCUCAACCAGCUGCAGCCGCUGCCAUGGCAGCCUCACCAGUUAAACCAGCGGGAGGGGAUCUGGACUCUACCAUGGCCAGUUUAGCUGGAAAUCUGGGAAUGGGGACCCAGAAACCGGGUGAAGCAGCAGGAGGGGCAAAUUGGCAAGCACAGGUAGCAGCCCCUAGUUGGGGCAUGCCCAUGCCUGUGCCCUCCAUGGUUUCUCCUCUCAUGGGGUCCCAGUUGUCUUUUGGCAUGCACGGUGCGACAGGUGCCGCUCCCAUGAUGUUCCCCCAGCAGCCUAUGAUGAGACCGCAGUUUCCAUCUGCAGGAGCACCAGCUGCACCGAUGUCCUCUGGAAUGACUCAGAGCCCCAGAAAGCCUCCUCCUCCCAAAGAUCCCCUUGCCGACCUGAACAUCAAGGACUUCCUAUAGGUCACCAUCAGAAGCACAGAGAGGCAGCAAGGCAGCGAUCCUGAGGAAAUGGAUGUGUGCAUUUCUAUUCAGAUCAGUAUCCUCAGGACCUCCUUCCAUCCCUCCUCCUCCUUCUCUCUCUCUCUCUCUCUUUCUGUCUAAUGUUGUAUUACAACCUGUGAAAGUGAUAAUGUAUAUGUGUGUGUGCGUAUUUUAAUGUUUCCAGGCUAUAUUUAAAAAAAAGAAAAGAAAAAAAAAAGGUAUUGAUGGAUGCAUCCUUCCUUGUACAUCCACGUCUGCGGAUGUGUAUUCCUUUUUUUUUUCCUGCCUUGUUUUUUUCCCUCCUGUGAGGAACCCAAUCAGCUGUGUAAUGUUUUCUGUGGAGAAAAAUAAUGUGUUUGGUGUGGUACAUAUCACUGGGCUCACUGGAUCCGUUGUUGUCAUUGAAGUAUUAGUUGUCUAGCUUUUAGCCAUUCAGCUUCUGGGACCACAGGAACGAACAUAGCAUUAACGGACGUAUUAAGGUUUGUGUAGCAUCUCCGUUCUGUUCACUGAUGACCUGCUUUCCUUCCUCUUCUCUCAGUGACUCGUGACUCGCAACAUUGAACAAGGCCUAUUAACAAACGAUAUGCAUUUGGAAUAUUUUAUCCUUAAUCUUUAUUUUGAGAUAAAAGAAUCUAUUUUAGUUAUGGUGAAAGUACUUUAUGUAUUAAAUGAGGUGGUAUAAAAGAUUUCCGGUUGUACAAAUCCAUGUAUUCCUGCCACCCGGAUGCAAUCUAGCUCUGUUUAAUAGCACCUUGUAGUGAAUCGUGGUAGAACACAACAUUUCCUUGGAUCUAAAACCUUAGCAAGAUGGUAAGAGAUUUACAAAUUACAACUACAAAAACCACAACACUUGGUUUUAUUUAUUUACCGGUCUAUAAUAAGGACUAAACCCGCUUUAUGGUGUUUCGAUCCAUUGCAGUAAGGAAACGUGGAGGUUAAAAAAAAAAAAAACCCUGGUUGGUAGAAUGUUAUAUUAACAGUGGAUGUGCUGGUUAGUUUUGUUUUUCUUUUUUUGCUGGAUCUGAAUUUGGAUGUAAUAACCCCCUCUCUGUCCCAAUACUCUUCUGUGCAUGCAAGUCCUGUAGAAAUGCAAUAAAAAGUUACCUGGAAAACA